GAAAAAUUCGGAAAAAUGCUGCGCCGUUCGGACAAAUUAAAUAUUAUAGAUCACAACACGUUCCACAAAAUCCAAAAGGAUGAAGGAGAAACAGCCCCAAGACUACCUCGCAGCUCCAAGUACAAAAAUAAGCACAAGAAGCCCCAGCUGCAAUGCACGCUCCUCGAUUUUGUUGUCAAGUCGCGACAGACGCAAAAGCAGAACAAGGCUAAAAAGCUAAGGCGUCCACAUCUGACCAUCACAAAACCCCUAUAUGAAGCAAAGCGCAAAGGGAAAACUCGCCUUAAUCCCAAGAAAAAGGUCACUGGAUUGAAAAUGAUGAUAUGCAGCUAUCGCAGGCUGAAGAAGCAAAAUAUGUUAAACGUUCCAAUCCCUAAAUACGAGGAGGAGCUCAGAAAGAAGCUGGAUUGCCUGUUGCUGGAUACAGAGGUUUCUAAAGAAAGGGAGCAGAAACUGGAAAAACUCCGUGCCAAAGAGGAACAUCUACAAGACAAAGUCCAUCCAAUACAUUCGCGACGCUUCAGAAGCUAUUGCGACAACUCCACCAGGCCACAGCUCAAGCUGUUAACCACCCAGCUCUUGAAGGAUCUGAGUCGCUUCCAGAAACGCGCCUAUACCAAAAACGAGAUCAAGGCACGGGCACAUCCUCGCUUCGUUUUGGGCAUCCGGGAGGCUUUAGCGCGGCUACGUAUACAAAAAGUAAAAUUUCUAAUCAUGGCCACCGAUUGUGAGAUUUGCCCAGGAGAACGUGGCCUGGACGAAACGAUUGAUGGCUUGAAGGACUUGUGCCAGCAGCAAAAAGUGCCCUACUGCUUCUCGCUUUUACGACGCGAGCUGUCCUAUGCCCUUCAGAAGCGUGCACAGAUCUCUUGUGUGGCCAUUUUGGAUUACGAUGGGGCCAAUGUCAUAUUUAAUGAUCUUCUCAGUGAGUUGAAAGAGGCCAAAGCAGAGUACAAACAAAUGACUGCAGUGUGAUGGUUUUUUAUGUGCUGAAAUUGAACAUAAGUGCAGGAAAAGGUGCAAACAAGACAAAAUAUACAUCAGCAUCAUCUUCAAA